AUGGCAAAUCCUUUAUUAACAAUUCUCCUGGCAGGAUAUGCUGCCAUUUUAAUAACUGUUACAGAAAGUGCCGCUAUAAUAGAAAAUCCCAAAUUAAAUGAUCUAAGUAAAGGUGAAGAUGGUUUCCUGGAAUUGAGACCAAAUGGAAAUUUGAUAUUGCGUGGUGCUGUAGAACAAUCGCCGAAUACCCUGCAACAGGCCCUGCUAUUCAAAAGUAUCCUAAAUGCAAUACGUGCUGUACCGGGAAAUACUCUAAAUGAGUUGAGUGUAAAAAUCUAUGGAGAGGGUGUUGAACAUAAAUUUCCACCAUUUUUGGAAAGGGUCAUCCAACGUAUACAAACAUAUUUUUCGGUAUAUAAAUAUACGGAUACCACUGAACCGUUGCCGGUUAAAUAUAAGCCUCUGAAUGAUACCCUCUACGAUGAAAUCGAUGUGACAUUGAGUAGUGACGAUGUUGAGUUGGUCAAAAAUAAGACCGGCAAACCACCAGAGGAGACAACAGUCAUGACAACGUCGUCAUCGACGUCGUCGUCGGCAGCAACAUCAACCGCAGCCGUCGCCACAACAGGUACAGUGCCAGCAACAACUUUGAUUGUCACAACCAACCGUGAUGAUAGCUGGACAACCAAGCCGUUACCGGCCUUUUCGGGCGAUAGUUAA